GCUCUUCAGAUGUCCUUCAUUUAGGAGAUCAGUCUCCUGAGAUCAGACUAAAGAUGUCUAUUUCUGUAUGAGAUUCAUUGUGGAAAUGAGAGCAGAGCUUCAUCUUGACCUGGAUUUCUCCUUUCUUCUAUGUUGGUUGUUUAGUUUUUGUUCAUUUUUUGAUCUGAAAUGACGACAGAACCAGAGACCAAACCAGAGCAACAGGGGGCCAGCGCAGCUCCGCCCCAAACGGCUCCGCCCAUCGACAACGAGCUUCCUCCUGCGGCUGCACACAGCACACCUGUCAGAAAAGAUCAGGCUGGAGAGCGAGACGCUGGCGGGAAAGCUGAUCAGCAGCCAUCCGAGGACGACCGCACCUCACACUGGUCCAAAUCUCCAGUGAAGGUCACCAGAAGACCCAGAAACAUGCAGUGUAAGAUCACGCUGCUGGAUGGAUCUGACUACACCUGUGUGGUGGAGAAGCGUGAUAAAGGUCAGGUGCUCUUUGAGAAAGUCUGUGAACAUCUCAACCUACUGGAGAAAGAUUAUUUUGGGAUUACAUACAGAGAUGUUGAAAACCAGAAGAACUGGUUGGAUCCAUCAAAAGACAUGAAGAAACAGAUCAGAGGCGUCGCUUGGAAUUUCUUCUUCAAUGUGAAGUUUUAUCCUCCUGAACCUGCACUGCUGUCUGAAGACAUCACCAGAUAUUACCUGUGUUUACAGCUGAGGGAUGACAUCAUGUCAGGACGUUUGCCCUGUUCGUUUGCCACACAUACGGUUCUCGGGUCAUACACGGUUCAGUCCGAGCUGGGCGAUUACGACCCAGAUGAAUACGGGACCGAUUACAUCAGCGAGUUUCGUUUUGCACCUCAACAGACCAAAGAGAUGGAGGAGAAGAUCACAGACCUACACAAGACCUACAAAGGAAUGACCCCAGCAGAAGCUGAAAUGCAUUUUUUGGAGAAUGUAAAGAAACUCUCAAUGUAUGGAGUCGACCUUCAUCAUGCAAAGUUGAUAGGACGAUUCUUUCACUGCUUCUCUCCAGCUAAAGGAGAGGAUUCAGAAGGGGUGGAGAUCAUGUUAGGCGUUUGUUCCUCCGGUCUUCUCAUCUAUCGCGAUCGACUUCGCAUCAACCGCUUUGCCUGGCCGAAAGUCCUGAAGAUCUCCUACAAACGCAAUAACUUCUACAUCAAGAUCCGUCCGGGUGAGUUUGAACAGUUUGAAAGCACCAUCGGUUUUAAACUUCCCAACCACAGAGCGGCUAAGAGACUGUGGAAGGUUUGUGUGGAGCAUCACACUUUCUUCAGGUUAGUUUCACCAGAGACUCCACCCAAGAAGUUCCUCACACUCGGCUCUAAGUUUCGUUACAGCGGCAGAACCCAGGCCCAGACCCGACGAGCCAGCUCACAGAUAGUCCGACCAGCACCGUACUUCGAACGUUCAUCCAGCAAACGCUAUACGAUGUCUCGAAGCUUGGAUGGAGCUCAGCGGAGUACACCCAUGAACACAGCCAAUGGUACUAGACCAACAGAGAUGGGCACAGCGUUGUACGGCACAGCUAAAGGCGUGGCAGUGAGUGACCUCAUCACUACAGUGACACCAGAGAGGAAGACAACAGAAGAUGAAGAAGAGCGGGACAGAGUGAUGCUGGUUGACAGUGUUGCAUUACUGGAAGAAGAAGACGAGAGCACUAAAGUUACUGAAGUGUCCCAACCGAGUCCUCUUUCACCCGUACGACAAGACACACGGACGGAUUUCACAGACACAGCUGUUGAUGGAGAUUUAACAGCCACUGAGUCGGAUCAAGACGAUGAGUCUGAAAUAAAGACACAGUCCAUUAAACUCAAUAAAGAAGUGAAUGUGUUUAUCAGACACAGUAAGAUGAUGAUAGAGGACAUUGAUCAGACACCAGAUGAACUGUUGAAACAUCAGACCAACAUCAGUGAACUGAAGAGGACGUUCCUGGAGGGAGGAACGGGUCGGACGGGUCUGACAGAGUGGGAGAAGCGUCUGUCCUCGUCUCCGCUUCGAUCUCCUCGUCUGGAUGAAGCUCCCAUGAUCGAACCGCUGGUUCCAGAAGAAAUGAAACAGGAAUCGGCUGUGGGAGGAUCGACAACACAGGACAGUCUGAAGGACAGAAGAGUUGAUGUGGAAACUGAUGGGUGGGUCAUUAUAAACAAGGUUCCUCCUAUAGAAAAAGAAAUGAUUUCAGAAAGAGUUGCUCCAGAGACGGUGCCAGAGAAAUCUGAUGCUGUUAUAAAGGAGAAGUUUGAGCCAGAGAAAAGAUUUGGCAUUGAACCAGAAGAUCUUCCUCCUGAUGUAAGAGAGAAAGUUACUAUUACUCAAGAAGAAGUUCCUCCAGUCGUUCCAGAUCGAGGUCUUACUGUUGUAUCAGAAGAUCUUCCUCUUAAAAAGAUUCCUCCUAAGGUACCGGAGAAGAAACACAUCUCCAGCUACAGAUUUGUAUCCACCACUAGCACUGUGACCAGCAGUGAAGGUCUGGAAGAGCAGAAGCCUAAAGUUCAAGAAGACGUCUUCAGUAAGGCCAGUAGAUCUUAUGACUUUUCCUCCACCAAAGUUGAACGAUCUGAAGACGGCAACCUGACAUCUGCUCAACUUCCCAUUAAACUCUCUGAGGGGUCCAUUGCUGCUACCAUUAAGGUUGUUCCUGUGACGGUUAAGUAUCAGAUCACCAGCACAGAAGAGGGCACUGGUACACCUGUCAUCACAGUCAGGGAGGCUGGAACGCCAUCGCCCUCCGAGCCUCCAGUCAACCAGACCGGUGAGGAAUCUGGAGACAUCAAGACGACCGAACUGAAGAUUUUCACCGAGCGCAGCUCUCCGACGCCACGGUCUCCACUUAGAUCUCCUCUUAGAUCUCCUCUCAGAUCAUCUGCAGAUGUCAGGCUGAGCCCCGGCCCUGUGCCCUAUCUCACCAAAACCUCUCCUACAGCUCGAGUGCCUAAACCCAGUUUUGAUGAGAUGUCGCCCGAGCUCACUGCUCUCUUACAGUCUACACACAGCUGGUCAUCAGCUCCUCCGUCCGCCCUCAUCACCCCUUCAUCUCUCUCGUCCCAUAAGCCAUCAGAAAGCCAGAAGAGUCAUCAGGAGGAUAUCCAAUCAGAAGAACAGAAGCAGCCAUCAGACAAACCGCUGGACCAGCCUCAGUCAGAGCCCUUGGGUUUGUCAGGAGACACACAGCAGAUGCCCGUCAUCCACACAGAAAUGAAAACGAUCACAUAUGAAUCCAUGCAGGGUGAAGCGGAUGGAGACACUGAACCGGGAAUAUUAAUGAGCGCCCAAACCAUCACAUCCGAAACCAGCAGCACCACCACGACCACUCACAUCACAAAGACGGUGAAAGGCGGCAUAUCAGAGACACGGAUCGAGAAGAGAAUUGUUAUCUCAGGAGAUGCAGACAUUGAUCAUGAUGAGGCUCUUGCUCAAGCUAUUAAAGAAGCUAAAGAACAACAUCCUGACAUGUCAGUGACUAAAGUCGUGGUCCAUAAAGAGACGGAGAUCACGCCAGAGGAGGGCGAGGAGUGAGGCAGGAUUAACACCUUCAUGCAUUCUGGAAAAAUCUCUCGCUGUGGAAAAUCUCGGCUGUUUCAGAUGGAUCCACAGAAUGAAUCAUCUGAACACAACACACACACGCUUACAGACUGGAUCACUGUUACUGCAUGAUAUGGGAACAAAUCUGAGAAAAACAAAUAUUUAUCAGCAUUUUAGGAAAUAUUAUAUGAGCGCAGUGUAUAGUUCAGCCAUGAGCUCGCUAUAAAGAGAAAUGUGCAAAUAUAAAUCUCACAGAUAUCUACAUUUUAUUUAUUAAAAUACUGCUCACCUUAAAAGCAAAAUCAACCCGAAUGAGUGCUUAAUAUUUAACCACACAAAGAUGUGCCAUCAUCAUCAUCAUCAUGUCAUACUUCAUCUCUGGUUUACUCCUGGUACACAUUACACACUAACAACAUGUUACACAAUUUCUCCAAACAUCAUUUAACUUUAUGGAGUGUCCUGUUGUUUUUUACUUGAAUUAUUUAGCCGUUUAUGUGUUUCUCAUUGUGAAAGCUUGAGUUUAGAGGAAUGAACACUGCUGAUGUUUACUGAUGGUUUGUAUCCUGAAUCUUUUAAUCAUUUCUGGAAUUCACUUUGUCACAUCUGAGCCUUAAACUGUACAGCAACCCCAACACAAACCCAAUGUGGCUUUAUGUCUGUGUUUGUCAACAUUCAGUGUAUUUAUUUAUUUAUUAUACAGCAUUGAUUCGUGUACUGUUGAAUGUUUCCUCCUUCAGCUCAAAUAAAAUCAUUUCUGAUCA